AAUCAAUUCUUCGUCAAUAAACAAAAGGAACAGAACAGUUUGUGUUUUAUUUUUGUUAUUUUUAUUAUGUAAUAAGUACAGAAAAACUAUAACUAUUAAGUAUUGAAGUGAAGACAUAGAAAAUAAUUUAUCGUGCUUGGCUUCCAAAUGAUCAAAGUCCAGAAAAAAUAGACAAAAAUAAAAAUAUACCAAAGUGCGUGUUUUCGAAAAACAAAGGCAGCACCUAAAACAGCGACAAUACACACAGAUAUGUUGGAGCCCAACAUGAUUGAGAGCGACGACAGCAUGAAUAAUUACGGCGGCAGUCGAGCAUUUACCUGGUUGGCUGAUCUAAGCGGUCUAUCUGUCGACUUGGUCAACUUUUUAAUAUGCCAAAUAUCAGCCAUCUUCCUAGCAUCACUGUACCGAUCUGUGUUGCAUCCUUCCAAGGUAUCUUCCCAAAUACGGCACAUCGUAGCACUGGGCAUUGGUUUAGUAUUCGGCUACUUUUGCUUUGGAAUGCAAGCGAUACACAUAGCCGGUCUCCCCGCAGCAUGCUACGUUGCCAUACGCACACAAAGUCCAAAAUUUGUACAAAGAACCGUUAUGGUCGUAGCCAUGUCUUAUUUAUUAUCCAUACAUGUGAUACGACAAAUUUAUGAUGACGGAUCAUGCACAUUGGAUGUAACAGGCCCUUUGAUGAUCAUUACCCAAAAAGUUACUAGCCUGGCUUUCAGCAUACACGAUGGAUUUGUGCGACAAACUAAGGACUUGACAAAGGCUCAACAAUACCAUGCCGUUAGCAAAGUUCCCACUGCAUUGGAGUAUUUUUCGUAUGUUUUGCAUUUCCAAGGUUUGAUGGCUGGCCCAUUGGUUUUCUAUAAAGACUACAUCGAUUUUAUUGAAGGCUAUAACCUUCUUAAGCGACCAGCUGUAAAUGCGUCAGCGGAUCGCGCCAAAUCUGAUGUGGUUUUGGAACCUUCACCCGUCAAAACUGUGGUGAAAAAGGUUAUUGGCAGCUUUAUUUGCGCCUUUAUUUUCAUGAAGUUCGUUAAAAUGUACCCAAUAAAAAGUAUGAAGGAUGACGAUUUCGUAGAAAACACCUCGAUCUUGUACAAAAUUUGGUAUGCCAUGAUGGCAACUACCACCACACGAUUCAAGUACUAUCAUGCCUGGCUGCUAGCAGAUGCUAUUGCUAAUAACUCAGGAUUGGGCUUCACCGGCUACGAUAAGGAUGGCAAUGCUAAUUGGGAUCUCAUUUCGAACAUAAAUGUUUUUGGUUUUGAGUUUGCCACCAAUAUUCGUGAUGCUAUUAAUAAUUGGAAUUGCGGAACAAAUAGAUGGCUACGCACCAUUGUCUACGAACGUGUUCCCAAGCAGUACGGAACCAUGUUGACUUUUGCUCUAAGCGCUGUCUGGCACGGCUUCUACCCGGGAUACUAUUUGACUUUUGCAACUGGCGCGUUGAUGGUGACCUCGGCUCGCAUGGCCCGGCGCAUGUUUCGCUUCCGUUUCCAACAAACACGAAUGACAAGAAUGUUGUACGAUGUCGCAACAUGCCUUUCAACGCGCGUCGUAAUGGGCUACACCACAUUCCCGUUUGUUCUGCUUGAAUUCAUGGGCAGUAUUAAAUUGUACCUGAAAUUUUAUUUGUGCCUUCACAUUGUUGCACUUACAACUAUUUACGUUUUACCCAAAUUUAUACGUGGCGAAAAGCGAUCCUCCAGCCAUCUUCAAAAUUCUUCGAAUGCUCCAAAUAAGGCCGCGGAAAAGCAUAGCUCAUGCAGCGAGGACCGACAUAUCACCAGUUCUUUGGAAAAAGAAAACACAGUACUCGAAACUACAUCCAACUCCCAGCUAGGACAUAAGGGCUUGGUGCACGAGACCAUUAAAGCUGCAGAAAAACUACCCAUAGUUGCUUCGGCUAGAGAGGCCGUCACUGUUCCUCACGAUCAGUGCGAAAUGGACCAGCUGUCCAGUAAACUUAUGGAAAAGAUCGAAGCUGAGACCAAAAAUAUUGAGGAAUUUAUCGACAAGACUGUCACCGAAACGGUAACUGGAAUAGUUGAGUUCAAGAACGAUCUAAUGCGCGACUGUGUGCCCAAUACUCUGCGCAAACGUACCUCCUUAGCCACCACGAUGAGCGAUGUUGUAGCCGGUGCCACUGGCAAGCCGCAAACGGAUGAAAGUGCUGCAUUCUUGAAAAAAGAAAUAGAAGUGAUAAAUGCCAACGUUUUGCCUGCCGUCCUAAGUAACGGCCAUGCGAAAUAGUAACUGUAGGGUAGAUCAAUGGCUUUUGCCUCCAUAAAAGCAACAUCAACAACCACAACCGCCGCAGCAAGGUCAAUAGGCCAACUUCUAAAACACAACUAUCGUCCUAUUGAAAUUAACUAUUAAACGGCUCUUGACGCCGACAUCGUAACUUAAUGGAUAAAUCGAGAAAAAAAAUGAGUGACAAAUCGGAAAUGAAAGUUUUUUUGCAUACAUAACAAGAACUUGCCUCCGUCUUGCUGAUGAAUGCCAAGUAUGCGCGAAACUAUGCAACACGAAACACUCAUCGCUUACUCACCACCAACUCCCCACCCUCUUCACAUACACCACGCACAUUUAUGGCACAUGUUUAAUAACCGCACACGCACACGUUUAGAAAGAAGGACAAACACGAGGGAAAAACUGUUCCUAUUUAUACAAGAUCAUUUUUUAUAUAUCCCAAUAAUUUACCCCCUUUCCCCCACCACCCAAAAACUCAUAUAUCGACUAAUCACUUUUGUGUAUUAACUAUUUAAUCAAAAUGUCUAAUCAAGUCUUUAUGUUAACCACUUCAUCAUAUUAUUUUGAUUAUUACCCAAUAUUAUUAUGAUUUUUUUUAUUAAACUGUAUUUUACGACUAGCAAGUUUUGCUUGCAAUAACAUUAAGUAUCAGACAUCAAAAUAUAUACUCCAUAUUAAACAAAAAACAAAAAAAGAAACAAACAAAAAUCACUAUGUGUACACAAUUACAAAACCACCCACCCACACACCCAUCCACCCACUCACUACACGCGCACCCACAACAACUCCCUUUGGGAAGGAAUCCGGGGGUUUAUUGUACUACGCCUUGAAUACUGCACAGAUUACAUAUCGGACAAAAUGUCCCAAGAUUGGAAUUACUCCUACAAAUAUAUGUACAUAUUUACUUGAGUUUUGCUUGCGCAUUGCCACCCACCCACACAGUGUGUGUCGGCAAUAUGUUUUCUUUUUCUUGAACACCACAACUGGGAAGCAACGUCAAGAAGAAAUGCGAAUCAUUCAAAAGAAGAAAGCCUUUUCGUUGAAGAAAAUUGGUAGAUACGUACGUACAUCCCCCCCUCUAACCCGAUAUAAAACUUUGAAAACUAUUGUUUGAAUGUUAAUUGUACAUAAGUAUGGGAAAAGUAAAACUAUUUAUUUUAUAAAAACAAAAAAAAAAAAACCACAACAACAAAAAAAAAAGAACAGAAUGAGAAGCAUUUUGCAAACUCUAAUUGAAUGAUCGAUGUUGACAUCACACAAUUGAUUUUACACCUACCAUUAGUUGAUGCGGAAAAAGCAUCCCCAAACAAAACCAAACCCAUUUUCUAAUUUGUAAUUAAUUGUGAAAAAACGAAAAAAUCAAACAAAACACUAAAAUUGUACAUUUCCAGAUGGAAUCUGUUUGAAAUUUCAUAUUUUGUAGGUCUUCCACCCACGUUUAUAUUAUACCAUAUUGUAAUAUUGUAAAUGAAUAUUUUGUUUCUUACGGCUGAUAUCCAAAAGAAACUGCUUGUGUGAGGUGUUUCGCUACACAACUUUUAUUGCAACUGACGUCUUAUCCAAUCGAUGCAUCACCGUUUUUUACAAACACUCAUUCAAAUUUCUUCCACUUUUACGCCCUCCUAAUCUAUGGGAAUGUAUUUUAGUAUCGUAACAUUAAUGCCCACCAAUUCAGAACACUAACUAUUGUAGUUCGUCAAUUACCCCCUUUGGGGUAAUUAACGUAUAAAGAUUAUAUAUGUAUAUGUAUAUGUAUAUGUAUGUAUGUAUAUUUUGUUUUUAUUUUGGACCUAUGUAUGCUUUUUUGCAAACAAUAUGUAAAACUAUGGACAAAGUUGAAGAACCGGAAACCUAAUAUAGCAGCCAAUGCUCAUGUGUAAAAAGAAAUCAAUAAAAUCAAGUACAUCAUGCAUCAUAAUCUUGUAAAAUAAUGAAAUAAAUUCUUAAGAAAUUGAAACAAAAAACAAAAACAAAGUCAAAAGUCUUAAAUCAAGGAAAUGGAGCCACUGAAAUUUUUGUGAAGUGUAAAAAUAAAAUGACAUUUUAAAUGGAUGAAA